AUGAAAUCAUUCUUCUUUUCAAACGAAGAGCAUUAUUUUUGGAUAAUGUUAGCAAAACAACAGGAAGUGGCCAAGAAAUUGGAGAAGAUUCUGCUCACACGGGCUCAGGAACAGAUCGCUGAAUGCUCGACAACGCUACAGCGUCGGGUUGACAUUUUUCAAGGACUACUGCAAUAUCUUGACGAUGCUUACAGCCAAGUUAAUGCAGUACUGGUUGCCAAUGGUCUUGCUUGGAAGGAAAUGACACAGCAGGACGUUCAAAUGCGGGAAGCGGGAGGCUACAUGGAACUAUUUCAAGGGCUUGAAGAAACACCGGGGAACACUGUAUGCAAAAGAAACUUAGAAUCUCGAUACGCCGAAUACAAUCAUCGAGUUGUACGUCGAUACGUGGAAGCUGAACGUGACAUUGUCGUCUGGGUGGCAUCAAUUGUACCUCUUGAUAUCGCACAAGAACUCUUCGGCGGUUUCACUUCCCGUCACCGAAGCUACGCUAUAAUCAAGCGAGCCAAAGCUUCAACACCUCAAUGCCAACUACCUUUGCUUCAGCUUAUUUCACAGAUCAUGCUGGACACGCAGACAGGUAUUGUUUCCGACCCCAAAUACGUCCGAGCACUCACCGAUUGUCUGCUGAAUGAUGCUGCACGAAACAUAAAGGCCGACCAACAGCUAAUUGAGAAUGUUCUUAUGGACCAAGUGCUACGGCCAUGA